AUGUUGCUUGGGGGCUCAUAUCACAGCAAGGCCGUCAAGCUGUUCUCCACGCAGGUGUGUUUGUGUGUGCUCGGGGAGGGAGAGGAGGAGCUGUACCGCAUGGGUGGGCGGUUUAAGAGACGCUUCCCCAUGUUGCUUGGGGGCUCAUAUCACAGCAAGGCCGUCAAGCUGUUCUCCACGCAGGUGUGUUUGUGUGUGCUCGGGGAGGGAGAGGAGGAGCUGUACCGCAUGUGUGGGCGGUUUAGAAGGCGUUUUGCCACGUCGCUCGGGGGCUCAUAUCACAACAAGGCCGUCAAGCUGUUCUCCAUGCAGGUGCGUUCUGCUGAGGUCGCUCGUUCAGCAGCCAGUGCAGUCGCCUUUGCCAUCGGCCUCCUAGAGAACUCCGGCUCCCUCACCUUUAGAGGCACCUCAAUUCUCAUGCUUGCACCUCUCUACUCCAUCCUCUCUACACCACCCCAACCUCCCUUCCCCCCCCCUCUUCAGGUCGCCCGUUCAGCAGCCAGUGCGGUCGCCUUUGCCAUCGGCCUCCUAGAGAACUCCGGCUCCCUCACCCCCGCGCGCCUUCGCGCCUUCCCGGUAAUCUCCGAGACCCAGGAAGGUGACACGAAGCUUCGUUUCCACAACCUCUGCGGCGCUUAUGCGGCCGUGAAAGAGAACGCCCAGGGGCCGCUGGAUGAAGGGUGGGAGAUUUUAUGGGGGGAAAUUGCCCUAGAUAUUAACAAACAGCUUGGCCUAGUCCCUGAAUCACCUGAGGCACAAAAGAGGGGGUUGAAAGAGGAAGGGGUGAGAGGGGAGGUUGCAAGGGAUGGGAUUGAACAGCUGGGGUUGGAACAUGGGGGGUUGGAACGGAAUGGAACGGACGGCCGGGAUGCGGGGCUGGAGGCGGCUGGAGGUGAUCUGACGGCGUACGAUGUGAGUGGGCUGUGGCUGCAGUGCAAGCACGAGUCAGGGGUGCUGUUGAGAGGGGGAGGGGGGAGAGAAGGAGAAGCGAAUAAAGGUGAUAGGCUGGACACGGCCUCCCGCGCGUGUGGGCUCUUCUCGGCGCGCCACCUGGCGGUGCUGGAGUGGAUUGAUGACGUGGACACGUUCAUGCAGAAGGGGUAUGGGCGGGAGAUUAACUACCACAUGGGCCUAAAGCUGCUCCAGGAAUUGAACUCCCCUAACGAGGCCGCCUCUAAAGAGGACAAACGCGACCACCAGAACGAAAACCAGCAGCAGCAAUUGGAUCAGCAGCAGCAGCAGAAGCUGCAGGAGGAAGGCCCUCACCAUGACAAGUACGACGUGCUAAUGGCGAAAGUAGCCGCUACAAUCACACAGCAGUUCGCCCCACCAGUGCCACUGCCCCCCGUCCCUCCAUUGCACCGGCGCUGGCAGGCCAGCCAGAUUGCACCCUAUGCUGCCAACACGGCCGUCAUCCUCUUCCGGUGCGGUCCCAAUGGGACUGAUGGCCUUCACAUGCCAAGCACUGCAGCCUCCAUCUCUGGUGCUUGUGACGGUGGUGGUGGUGGCAACGGCGGUGACUCUGCUGUGUGGAGGAAGGAUCAUCUGCCCCUUCGCUACUUUUCAGAAAGCGGUUCUUGA